AUGCUUUUCUAUAUAGUUGAUGCUGAUAAAACAUUAAAUAAUAAUAAAGAAUUAAUUAAAAAUAAUAAUGAAUGGUUACUAUAUUCAAUACCUUCUUCUUCCUCUUCUUUUAAAUUUUCAUUAGAAAAUUUUGUUAAUGGAAGGAGGAAAAAAGAAAUUUCAACAAAUUUAAAUAAAAAAAUAAUUAAAUUAAGAAAAAGAAGAAAAAUAAUAAAUAAUUUAAAAUUAAAAGGAGAAGAAGAAAAUAUUAGUAAAAAAGAAAAUUCUUUUAAUAAUUUACAUACCCGCCAUCGUAAACAUCAAAAUUCAAAUGUAUCAACAAUUAAUUAUGAAAAUAAAAAUAAAAAAUAUAAAAUUACUGAAGAAUAUCCAAUACAUAUUUUAUUUCCUUUACCGACAAAUGAUGGACGUAGAAAUGAAAAUCCUUUUGGAAUUACAAUUUUGAAGGCAAAACCUGUUGUUGAUGAGGCUGUUGAGGAAGUCUACAGAAGACAGUUGGUACCCCAAAAUUCUUUACAUAUUCACUUUGAAGAUUCAAAACUUUCCGAUGCUCAUGGACCUAAUGUAGCAAUUAAUCAGUUGGUUAAUAAUACACUUGAUUGUAUUAUAGGUUAUGCAUUUGUUUAUGCAUUAGCUCCCGUUGCAAGAAUGUCUCCCUAUUGGAGAGAUAAUGAUUCUUAUGGAAUUCCAGUAAUUACCUCUGUUGGAUUAACAUCUAAUUUAGAUAAUCGAAGAGAAUAUCAAUUAAUGACAAGAAUAUCAAGUCCAUAUAAAGUUGUUAAAAAUGCAGUAAUUGCAUUAUUUUCUGUUAUGAAUUGGAAAAGAAGUUCUUAUUUAUUUCAUGAACAAAGACACGAUGCUGCUAAUCCUAGUAUUCCAUAUGGAGAAUGUUAUUUAUUAAUGGCUUCAAUCCAGCCCCAUCUUUAUCGAAUUAAUCGAAUGGAACACAAUUAUUUUAUGUUUAAUGAAUUAAAUUAUAAUCAUCAAAGAAUUAAAGAAAAUCUCCAAAAAGCAAGCAUUAUUAGUAACGGCAAGUUUUUUAAAUUUAAAUAA